GAGGUUGAUAGAGUUACUUCAAAGCGAUUUUUAGCGCUUCAAAAUGUGGAAAGGGCCAGGAUUUUGUGUGGUUAUGUUGUAAUUCUAACACUAAUUGAAGAAUGAAUCAACUUCAAAGCCUUCUACACGACUCUUUAAUCGCAACUGGUCACGUUCAGCACUGCGCCAUCAUUCGAAGAAAAGACACUUCUCUCCGGGCAAGCACAGUUGGGUUUUCGCCCUCUUUGGACAAUAUACAUGCCUUGGUUCAUUCAUUUACAAACAGUUCACAGGCCAGAAGGGAGGGUCUUAAGUUCCAGGACAUAGUUUAUGAAUGUGUCAGGGCCGACAGAUUCUCUGUGUAUGCCAAGCAUGAAAGCAGUGGAAUUAUAUUGGUGAGGACAGCUACGCUGUUGUUGGUGGCCACUUACACCCCAGAUAUGAGUCCAAGUAUUUGUGUGGAGGCUGUUGAAAAACUAGCUGACUAUUUCAGGGAAAAGGGAAAGUGAACCAUCGACCAGUAGCUAAAUGACUGCAUAAUUUAUAUUCAUUAAUAUAUAAAGUAAAAAAAUUACCUGGUGGUCGUGGAUCAAUCCUAAGAGAUUUCUGGAGGUUUUCUACAGCCUGUCCAUGGACUGUUAUUCAUUAAGAAGAAAGAUGGUCAUGAAUAACCAACUAAACAAUUUUCAUGUUGUUUUGCAAUGUGCAGGAUAUUUAAGCUUAAUAUUUCUUUCACAAAGAAUGUUUACAGCCAGUUUUGCUUGGUUAUGAUCAUUUACAGACAAAUUUAGUUCUUCUCAAGAACAAAGAGUGAAAGUUAUAUAAUGGCAAAAUAGUAUAACGAACUAUUAAUAUGUUUGUAGUGUUUUAUACAAAAAUAAGACUACACCCAGAAUUUUGAUGAGCUGCACCUUGUUGACUAUUUCUCAUACAAACUGAGAGUGAGUAAUUUACCAUUCUCAUCCCCAGAGCCCACGAUCCUUCUGGCCUGUGGCAGGGAUCAAGAGCUCUGGGCUGGUCCGACACCAGAAGUCCGCAAUUGGCAAAUCUGAUUGGCUGAGAAUACCAAACAAAUACUUCGCGCAUGCUCAGAAAAUCGGGUUCAACCAGAGCUCUGGAUCCCUGCUGCAGGCCAGAAGGAUCGUGGGCUCGGGACGAGAAUGGUAAUUUACAGGCAUUCAUCAACUGAAGGUAAAAGGUAAACCAGCAUCAGGCCAAGAGGCCCAUACAGCUGGAGCUUAUUAUGGUUUCUGUAGCACUAAGCAACUAGAGGUAAUCUACUCCCCCUUGGAUGCCGGAUGUUAGUGUAUUACAGGGUUAUUGCCCGGCAUUAAAUUUGUCAGUACAACCAUUUUUAUAUUACUUAUUUUUAAGCCAAAACUCAGGAAUCUUAUUCCCUUUCAAGAGCAGCACACAGGGUAAUGUUCUGACUGCAAACAUGACAGUGAAGAAACAGUCAAAUUCUUUGACUUCAAUAAAACAAGCUGAGAACAGAUCUGCUACAUGUACUAUUCAAAUCCUAAACAUGUCCAGAAAAUUGAAAAUUUCUUUUAUUAGUGUGGUGCUAACCAACCAAGAAAAUACUUUAUUUUUCCACACUUGAUAUAAAUUUUAAAUUUAACCUUAAGCUUGUUUACGUUUACACAAAUCCUUGAUAAAUUUAAUUACAAGUGUAGGUUUAAUUUCUCUGUAUACAUGUAUAUUUGUACUAUCUGGUUCCUAUUUGCAAUAAGAAAGGUGUUGAAAAAAUAACAGUGCAAAAGAUCCUAGGUUGAAAAUAUAAUGGUGACGCAGCUCCUGAAAAAAGGUAACAGCUCAUUGAGGUAAUAAUUUUUUGGUUACAGAAAAUAUUAUGACUCUGUGUACAAGCCAAGGGUCUACUUGAAUUUCUGCCACGUCUUCUGACCAGAAGAGGUACUGGCUGACACUCAGGCUUUAAGAGGUGAAAUGUCAACAAGAGUCCUAACAAACUGAAUUUAAAGCCACCACUGACCCCCCCUCCCCCCUCUGCCCCUCCCUUUAUUCCAUUACUGCGACUACUCAAACCUGGCCACCAAGAAGAAAACUAACCAAUCAAAAUAUAAACUGAGAACAAUGGACUGGUAACUUCUUGUGACAGCAAGUAAUGGUCUAUGGACUCCUCUGCAUUAUAUAGAGAGAUUAAAUCCUUGAUGCAAAUUAUCAUAAAAAAAGUUAGCUUGAAAACUCAUUUUGCCAUAACUAAACCGAAAACAUUGAAAAGUGUUCAAAAUUUAGGAUCAAAUUUAACCAAUCAACAAAUGGCAAAGGUUCCUGAGAGGUUUGCAACACCUCGCACUUUGUCGGGCUUUCAAUUUUGUUAAGAUCUACUGUUCGCAUUCUUUAAUGUUAUUGGUUUGUUUGAGAAAUAGAUCACUAGCUUUUGUUCCCAAGUAAUGUUCUGAUUGGUUAACUCUUUUCCACAUGGGGUGGUUAGAGUAGCCGCACUAUAUAAAACCAGAACUGAAAAAGCUACAAGUAAAUGGGCAGCCUGUAUGCACUAUUCUCGAACUCAAUCAUAAUUCAUCAAAA